AUGCGUCAAGCGAAGACGUUCAAGGAGAACAUGAAAAUGAUUCACAAACGCAAAGAUGCAUGGAACGAGAAGAAACGCACGCUGUGUGGAAAGAGAAGAAAGGAAAGAAAGGAACAUGGUGUGGAAUGCGAAGAAACGAAGACCGAAGGCGAACGG